CAAGAUGGCGACCACAAUGCAGAAUGGAUGUGAGUGAUUUAAACUGAGCGGGUCCGUUUUGCUGGAAAUUUGGAUCUGCUGGUUAAUUGUUCAUCAUCAUAUGAGAGAAUCAAGAUGGCCCUAAAUGUCUUUGAUCAUGAUGAAUACAGGCCACCGGUGUGGAAGUCUUACCUGUACCAGCUCCAGCAGGAGGCACCUCAUCCACGCAGAGUCACCUGCACCUGUGAGGUGGACAACCGACCUAAAUACUAUGGGAGAGAGUACCAUGGGAUGAUCUCAAGAGAAGAGGCCGACCAGUUACUGAGUCAGGCCGAAGGCAGCUACCUCAUCAGAGAGAGUCAGAGGCAGCCGGGCACAUACACCCUGGCUCUCAGGUUUGGGAACCAGACGAGAAACUUCCGUCUCUACCAUGAUGGGAAGCACUUUGUGGGAGAGAAGAGGUUCGAGUCCAUCCACGACCUGGUCACAGACGGCCUCAUCACGCUCUAUAUUGAGACAAAGGCAGCGGAGUACAUCGCUAAGAUGACCAUAAACCCCAUCUAUGAACACGUGGGCUACACCACCCUGAACCAGGAGCCCACCUUGAAGAAACACCUGCCACACAGCCCCGAGGCCCCGGAUGGACCUGCUCCAGCCAAAGACGAUCGCAACGCAGAGGAGAGGCUCACAUCACUGGUGCGGCGGGCCACCCUGAGGGAGAGCGACUUGGCGCCCAAGUACGAGAAGGUCCACAACUUCAAGGUUCAUACAUUCAGAGGCCCCCACUGGUGUGAGUACUGUGCCAACUUCAUGUGGGGUCUCAUCGCUCAGGGAGUCAAGUGUGCAGACUGUGGGUUGAAUGUCCAUAAGCAGUGCUCCAAGGUCGUGCCAAACGACUGCCAGCCGGACCUGCGGCACGUCAAGAAGGUGUACAGCUGUGACCUGACCACGCUGGUCAAAGCCCACAACACCAAGAGGCCCAUGGUGGUUGAUAUGUGCAUACAGGAAAUCGAGGCUAGAGGUCUUCAGUCAGAGGGUUUGUACAGAAUAUCAGGCUUCAGUGAGCUGAUUGAAGAUGUCAAGCUGGCCUUUGACAGAGAUGGAGAAAAAGCCGACAUCUCCUCAAGUGCUUACGAGGACAUCAACAUCAUCACUGGAGCCCUCAAGCUCUACUUCAGAGAGCUGCCUAUCCCCCUCAUCACGUAUGAUGCCUACCCACGCUUCAUAGAAACCGCAAAGAUUACAGACCCAGAAAAACGUCUGGAGUCUCUCCAUGAGGCCUUGAAGCUGCUGCCGCCAGCUCACUGCGAGACACUGCGAUACCUCAUGGGUCACCUCAAGAGGGUGACCCAGUAUGAGAAAGAGAACCUCAUGUCUAGCGAGAACCUGGGCAUCGUCUUCGGCCCGACGCUGAUGAGGGCCCCCGAGCUGGACGCCAUGACGGCGCUCAACGACAUCAGAUACCAGAGACUGGUGGUGGAAACGCUCAUUACCAACGAAGAUGUGUUGUUCUGAGAGGAAGGGAGGGAAAUUAUUCUUUGAAGGAGGAGAGGAAGGACAGAGAGACUGGGGAGAUGCUCAUACAGUAUGCUUUUUCCUCUCGUGAAAGAAAGGAAGGAAAAAGCUUUUGACUAGAAAAUGAAGGAGAAACAAGUUAUAUAUGACUUUUGUCUUGCUAGACAAAAUGGACACUACCUGUUUCUGUGUGAAGAAGAGGAGCAAUGAAGGAGGAGGCUGUUUGCAAAGAAGGAGAAUCUCAAAGCAUGUAAUGGCUUUGAGGGAAGAAGUAGAUGGAGGGAUGCAGUGUUUCCCUACAUUUUGAUGUAAAACAUUAGCAAAACUUUAGUCAAACUUUAUCAAAAACUUGAAGCUUCUAAAAUUUGUAAUGUUGUAUCUGUAUAAAAAUGAAUUACUGGAACGCUAUGUCCUGGGAAGGACAAUUUGCCAGCCUUAGUCAGUAGAAAUGAACAAUUGUUAUCUUUCUUUAUGAACUGGGAAAAAAGAGAACAGUGAGAUUUCAACAACACUACUUUGUUCAUGUCGGGGAAACACUGUGUGAUCCAUCUUCAUGUUAAUAUCUUCUCUUUCUUAAAUGGGUACCUUGACAUUUUCUUAUUUUAAGUCUUGCUGGUGGGGCGGAGGCAGAAAAUCAGCUAAUAAAUGUAAUGACCAAUGUUUUAUAGUGUUUACUUUUUUGCCCACGGUGUCAAGGUGUCCAUUUAAUCCUCCUCAAGAGAAGAAGCAGCACUGAUGUCAUAACAGCUGACAGCUGGAUGAAUGAAUGAAAGAAUGAAUGGAAAAAGCGAAUCACUCACCCAUAAUGCGCACUCAUUCCUCUCAAUGGAACUUAAGUGACUUGGACCUAUUGUGUUUUCAUUCCUUUUUUUUUUUUUUAAACUUUUCCUUUUUUUUACAGCUUCCUCUUCUGCUCCAUUGACUGAUGUGUAAGUAUACAGUGAUCCUACACUAACAACAUAGUAGUUUUUGAGUUGCUAACAUAGAAAACCAAUGUUCCACUCACCCUGUUCCAUGUUGUAUUAUAAACUUUUGUUGAAGAAAUGUUUUCCAGUUUUGAAGCUGUGUAAUUACACCCGGUGAUGGAGCUGUAAAUGAAAUGCUAACAUUUUUUUUUCACUUUCUCUGAACCAACCCUGUGUUCUCUCACUUCUCCACCUGCCUGCUUUGCCUCUGAAGGUGAAAACCUCUUGCAAAAUGACACUUAAAAUUCAGUGUCAUGCAGUCAAUUAAAAGGGAACGCUUGGGAAAAUUUAAGCAGUGAGCAAAUAGAAGUUUUCCUCUGAAAAUUCUGCCUGUUCUAGUUCACCAUCACCAGAUUUACAAAAUUGCACCAGAAAUUUCAGGCAGCUUUAGCUGUCAUACAUUACAGCAGUGGCAGAUAGUGAAGAGAGGGAAACAUAAGUGACUUGAAAUGUGAAUAUGUGAAACAGUGCUUUAUGUUGUUUUUGCUUUGGUUUGUCUUUUUGAUAAAGCAGUAUUGUAAUUAAGCAGUGUUAUGAAGCAGAUUUUGCGCUCAAAAUACUAAUUGAAAUUCUUGAUGGCUUGCCCAGAGGCUUGCAAUUCUACACACUAAUAAUAAAAUCAAGGCUUGUCUUCUUUGUUGGCCUGAGUGGGAUAAUUCAAAGACUCAUAGUGGGGAUGCACCAGAGCAAACAGUGGUGGCUCUGAACACAAAUUAAAGCAAAGUUCAAUAAAACAAAGGCUCAUAAUGUUAAUUACUCAGCAUUAGUGUUUGCAAUCAAAGUGGUGUUGGUGCUUCCCUUCCUCAGCGUGCUGGUUGAGAGUGAGGCCAUAUUGUCACUCCACUGAAAUGUUUCAUGUCCAUCUACAAACAUUUAAUAUAACUGUGAAAUUGUGAGAAAUAAUAAUGCUUACACAUGGGUGAAGAAGGCCAGUUGGAGUUGUUUUUCUUUUCUUUUUCUUAUAUUGAAACUAGUGCCAUUUGAAAGGCUGGAGGUGUAGAACAGAUGCCUUCAGCAUGGACCCCCCACCUCAACUAACACACAGGCCAAACAUCCUCUUUGUUCAUUUCUGCCCCCAUUUCUGUCGGGGGUCACUGAUUAACUAAUGUGUUUCAUUUGCACAGCAGUGACGACCCACCUGACUUCAAAACCCAUUUUGCUAAUAAAAGACAGAACUACAGUUGUGAAAAUCAAGUGCACCCAUGCUGGGUUGGGUGGAAUAUAAAGUGACAACAGCAUUUUCUAACAGAUGGUGAUUAUGUUUUGGUUUUUCACCGGUUCUUUACUUUCCUUACUUUGUUAUUGUUUUGUUGACUUUCUGUUGUUCAUUCCUUCCAGGGUGAACUGUAACCUUGCUGGUUUAACCGUGUGCUAUCACCAGACUAACCCCAUUACAACUUGUUAACCUUCAGUGAUCUGUGACACCUUUUUUUUUGGGGCAUCAUGAAUUGUACUUUUUUAAUAUUUUCGU